ACGUUGGCGUCGGUGUGUUCCAUAAUGCAAGUGCUUUAUUGCUUCCCCCGCAAGUUGUGUUUCGCUACCACAACCAGCUUCACUAUUUCUCGUCGCUUGUUGCUGUAGGAGAGAAGGGAAUUCUCCUCUUUUUGCUGGCAUGAAUGGCGCGGAAGCAAGCGAUGACGCUGGAUAUGGACUUCGGAAUGAAAACGCCAGCUUCCUCCUACUCUGCUUCAUUAGCUACUGUUGCACCGCAGCAAGAUGCUGCUGCUCCAGCUUAUCCUUACGGCCUUCCACCCGCCGUUGACGCUCUCCGCGUCACCGACGUCCUCGACUUCUCCGGCCGCGAUCUCUUCCCCUCAGCUUUUGGUGCUGACACCCACUUCUUUACUGCCGGUGGAACUGCAGAAACAGACUCAUCUUUCGACCUCUACGUUCCGAGCGAGGAGGCGGCGGAGCUGGAAUGGCUGUCGCAGUUCGUGGAGGACUCUUUCUCUGACGUCCCUUACCAGUACACCGGCCUUACCACCCCCGCCAGCGACAAGCAGCUCUUAGUGGACCAACGCAUUGCCGGUGACAACCAGCUAGGCGUGGACCAAUGCGUUGCACGUUACGCAGCGAGAAGCAAGCGGUCCAGGAGCAGCAAUCCUACCACGGUUUGGUCCUCGUUAACGCCACCACCGCAGUCCUCGCCGUCGUCCUCGUCCUCGUCCUCUUCUGAUUUCCCACCUUCCCAACCUGAUUCCAUCGGUAUUAAGUGUAUUAGCAGCAGAGGCGGCGGCAGUAAUGGCGGUAGUAGAGGAAAGAAAAGCGGAUGGGGCGUCGGAGCGGAGGGCGGAGUGCGACGGUGCAUGCACUGCGCAUCGGAGAAGACGCCGCAGUGGCGGACGGGGCCACUGGGGCCGAAGACGCUGUGCAACGCGUGCGGGGUGAGGUACAAGUCCGGGCGGCUCCUACCGGAGUACCGACCGGUGGCCAGUCCAGCCUUCGUGUUCACCCAGCACUCCAACUCCCAUCGCAAGGUCAUGGAGAUCCGCCGCCAGAAGGAGCUCCUCCUCCGCCAUCACAAGAACCAACCGCCCGCCUCUGCGGUUGCCGCUGCCAACAGGCCAGAGCUUCUGGACGGCAACGAUGUCUGCUGAUACCACGUUCAGAUUAUAAGCUACAUCAAUCUUAAUCCUUUUGCUAUGCCGCCUGGGCGCCAUGGAUUGAACGAUCGGAAUCCCCGUCACCUCCAUCCAAAUGGUAGGUGAUUGGAUACUGAUGAAGCUGCACAAUAAGUGACAGCAAUCGAAUAAAAGAAAGCAUUGGGACAACAACGACCAAAUUUGUGACUUGUGACUCCGCCCCUGCCAAGCAGCUUCCAUGAAUACAAAUUUCAUGCAGAAUUCAGAUUGUUUGA